AUGGGCCCCUUCCCCAAACCAAUCUCCUCACUUCCCAUCUUCCUCCUAAUCUCCCUCCUCUCGGCACGCGCGCACGGAGCUUCCUUCACCGUCCGCAACAACUGCCCGUUCACAGUUUGGGCGGCCUCGGUCCCGGUCGGCGGUGGCCUCCGCCUCGACCGCGGGCAGACGUGGACCAUCAACGUCCCCGCUAGCACUACUGGAGCCCGCAUUUGGGCCCGAACUGGAUGCUCGUUCGAUGAGUCGGGCCGCGGCCAAUGCCAGACGGGCGAUUGUAAUGGGCAACUACAGUGCCAGGGCUACGGUGUGCCCCCCAACACCCUAGCAGAAUAUGCGCUUAACCAAUUCAACAAUCUCGACUUUUAUGACAUAUCUCUAGUGGACGGGUUCAAUGUCCCGAUGGAGUUUGGUCCUGAUAAUUCAGAGGGAUGCAGUCGCGACAUCGAGUGCACGUCCGAUAUCAACGGGCAAUGCCCAAACGAUCUACGGGCCCCGGGAGGGUGCAAUAACCCGUGCACGGUGUACAAGACCGACCACCGCCCAGCUUGCGUCAAAGAAUGUAAGAAAAUCUUGGGAAAGAAGUUUAGAGAUGCAGCUUGCUAUCGUGGAGACAACUUCUGCCUCUGCCUCGGCUGA